CCUUACCUCAGGGUUGCAGCGGUAGGUUACCCUAAUAAAUAAAGAAAAAAAAGGGUAUUCGGUAUUUCUUGCACGUUAUCACCAUAUAGGUGACUUCACAGUUUUGUCUGCUUCAAAGUUUUGGCCUUUUAUAUUACAUGCCUAAUCCUUAUAUUCUUGUUUCUCUUUUCUUGUUAGAACAAUCUCAUAUAUCUCUACUUCUUCCUCAAAGGUUCGGUUUCGAUUUCGGUUUCGGUUUAUCAACUCACCGGUUAUCAUUGUUUUAUGUUAUGUUGAUCUUUUUUUUUUUUUUUUAUUUUUUUUUUUUUUUCUCCAAGUAAAUCUGUACUAAGAGUUUGAUCAUGAUUUAUAAUUCCAUUACCAGGUGAAAAGUACCGUAAUGGUUCCGACAAAGCAACACCGCUGCGUGCACUCAUCGACCUGUCUUUGCACAAAAGGCCACAUCACAGAAGAAGUGAUAUUCUUAGUUUUCAAUCAUUUAAACUGGAACCCUAAAUCGAUCGUAAAUCUUUCUCGCACGUGCAAAUGGUUCGAAGAUCUCGCGAAACGGGUCCUGUGGAAAGAGUUCUGCACGAAACGGGCUCCGAAAAUGAUCCUCGAUUUACACUCGAGUGGGACCCACAUCAUGGACGGCAAUUGGAGAGCACUCGGCAAACUCCUCAUUUGUUGUUCCGGUAAUAAUUGUAAUAACGAAGAUGGAUUACUAUUCAACGAUAUUCAAACCAUACCUAGUCACUUUGUACCUCGCCCCCGUUUUUCUAGAACAUCGGGGAAGAGCUUUUUAUUACCGCAGUGCAGAAACGAUGUAUUAUAUGUGUCCGAUUCUUGCGACCAUCUUGACCAAGGGGGCGAAGAGGAAAUUGGAUUCUUUCGGGGGGUAUUUAAGUCUUUCGCGAAUACGAGGGUCAAGAAAAUGCUGAUCGGUAAGCGGGCCCCGCUCCAUCCGACGGAGGUUUGUCCCUACUGUAAGGUGAAGAUGUGGGAUAUGGUGGCGGCGAAGAUGGUGCCUCCCAGCGCCAGCUGGAGGCUCGGUGCUUACGAAGAUUGUAUCGAGUGUUACGUGUGUCUUAACGGGCAUGUGAUGGGUGUUUGUACGCUUUUGCCCUUCUCCGAUACUGAUGCAGAUGAAGCAUCAGAGUGAGUUGUAAUUUUUUGUUCAUGACAUCUAUGAAAAACCCAAUACAUGUCGUUCAAA